AUGGUACUGCUCACUCGUUCCCUCAUUCGUUUGGCAUCAAGACCGUCUCCUUGUGCCCGUUCAAUCUUCACAGCUUCUGCUUUUGCGAGACCAACACCCACUUUGACGACGCGAUCUGCUUUUCGCUCGCAGAAGCUCAAUCAUACUUUUAAAAUAAUCAGAAUGCUAACGGGUGAUAAACGUGAAAAGGUUAAGGUACUCCUUGUCUUGUACGACGGAAAGAAGCACGCAGAAGAGGUCCCAGAGCUUCUUGGCACAACUGAAAACGAGCUCGGUAUCCGCAAAUGGCUCGAGGAUCAAGGACAUGAGCUCAUCACCACCUCCGACAAGGAGGGAGAAAAUUCCGAGUUCGACAAGCACUUGGUAGAUGCAGAGAUUAUCAUUACUACUCCUUUCCACCCGGGUUACCUCACUGCUGAACGUCUUGCCAAGGCCAAGAACCUCAAGAUUGCCAUCACAGCCGGUAUUGGAUCGGAUCACGUCGAUCUCAAUGCUGCCAACAAGACCAACGGUGGUAUCACCGUUGCUGAAGUAACAGGAUCCAACGUCGUAUCGGUUGCCGAGCACGUCGUCAUGACCAUCUUGGUUCUCGUCCGCAACUUUGUCCCCGCACACGAACAAAUCCAAGCUGGAGAAUGGGAUGUUGCCGCCGCUGCCAAGAACGAGUUCGACCUUGAGGGUAAGGUCGUUGGUACCGUUGCUGUUGGAAGAAUCGGUGAGCGUGUCUUGAGAAGAUUGAAGCCUUUCGACUGCAAGGAGUUGUUGUACUUCGACUACCAACCUCUUAAGCCAGAGAUUGAGAAGGAGAUUGGAUGUAGACGUGUUACUGAUUUGGAGGAGAUGUUGGCUCAGUGUGAUGUUGUUACUAUAAACUGCCCUCUCCACGAGAAGACCAGAGGUCUUUUCAACAAGGAGUUGAUCUCCAAGAUGAAGAAGGGAUCCUGGUUGGUCAACACCGCCCGUGGAGCUAUCGUCGUCAAGGAAGAUGUUGCUGAUGCCCUCAAAUCUGGCCACCUCCGCGGUUAUGGAGGAGACGUCUGGUUCCCACAACCAGCACCAAAAGACCACCCACUCCGCUACGCAAAGAACCCAUUCGGUGGUGGAAACGCCAUGGUUCCCCACAUGUCGGGUACUUCCUUGGAUGCUCAAAAGAGAUAUGCCGAUGGUACCAAGGCUAUUCUCCAGAGCUACUUGUCCGGUAAACAUGAUUACCGACCUGAGGAUUUGAUUGUUAUCGGUGGUGACUAUGCUACUAAGGCUUAUGGUGAGAGAGCGAAGUCUAGUGGUACUGCUGGUGCCAAUAAGGCAUAG